AUGAGAGUCGCGUGGCAACGAUUGAUCAGAUUCCACGCCGUGGAUGGCCGUAUCCUUCAGGGCGAUCCCAUCCUGUGCAAACCGGAUUUGGACCUGGGAUACGUUACUGAAAAGGAUAAACUACAGGCCCGAGUCAUUGUAGGCGACGAAAUUUUCGAUGAAACUGGUGUGACGCGAGUUUCCGACGAGAUAGUGACAGUUCGAAGGAUCUUGUCUCCGCUUGCACCGUCGGAUGUGCCAACUAUCCGCUGCGUUGGGUUGAAUUAUUUAAAGCAUAGUAAGAGGGAAAUCAACCAACCUGCAGCAAAUUUCAGAGAGCUGAUUACCGCAGUCCAGCAAGCAAAGCGGAUGCCGCCGCCCUUUCCCUUCAUCUUCUUCAAACCGCAGACGACGAUUUUGGACCACGGCAACAACGUGGUUAUUCCAAAGAUUGCUCAGAAUGACCAGGCCGGCUAUGAAGGAGCGCUGACCAUCGUCAUUGGGAAAGACGCAAAGGACGUUUCUCAAGAAAAUGCCCUUGAUUACGUCGCCGCUUAUACGUGUGCCGGACGUAUUCCCCAAUGGGGCUUCUCCAAGGGGUUCGACACGUACGCGCCAAUUGGGCCUUGUCUUCUGGCCAGUGGUCUCGUCGACGACCCGAAGAAUCUGCAUCUCACCACUAUCAUUGAUGGCGAGGUGCGACAAGAUGAGUCUGUCGACGAUCUGCUAUUCGAUUGCCGGUAUCUCAUUUCGUACCUAUCUCAGGGCACGACUCUGCAGAAGGGCAGCAUAAUCAUGACAGGCACGCCUGGUGGCACGCAGAUCGAGGUGCGUAUCUCCAAGAUUGGGACACUUAGGAAUGGAGUUGUGUUUGCUGAAUAG